AUGAAAUUAUUAAAAAUUAUCAUAUUAUUAAUCGCAAUUAGUUCGAUAAUAUGUUCUGAAAAUACAGAUCAACCAAGUGGUGUUAUGGGUAAAAUAAAAUCUAGCCUACAAUUAGCAUCAAAAAUGUUAGGUCUCGAUCGAGCUACAGGCGUUGCACAAUUAGUGUCAGAAACAUUUGGAGGUGGAGCAAAAUCAAAAAAAGGUGACAAUGCGGAUGAACAGAAUCAAAAUUUAUUUUCUGGUUUUUUUAGACUAUUGGGAUUGGAUUCAGGAAAAUUGGGGGCUAUUGUUAUUAACGGAUUUAUACUUUUAGCCCAAAUGAUAAGUAAAUCAUUCAAGUUAAAACCGCAACAGAAAGUUACGUACGAAAGAAAUUUUAAUACCGAUUUACCAAUCGAUUGGUUUACAAACAAUAAAAAAAUUAAAACGCUAUUAGACACUGCUAAAGAUAAAAAUUUACCAGAUAAAUUAAUUGAAUAUAUUCAAGAUAAAACCUCCGAUGAAGAAUUAUUAUGUGUACAAUUAUUAAUAUGUAAAAGUUCACCGUUUAUUUGGGGUAUGCAAAAAACUAUAUCAAAUUCAAUUGAUCACAAAUCCAAAUUAAAAGGAUCUGCUCCUAUGUUUGCCACAAUGCCUACAGUUGAUGAAGUUGCGGAUCACGGAGAUGAGUGUGAUAAAAAGUAUCCACUUUGUCGUUAUUUAGAAUAA